AUGCUAUCAAUCAAUCAUUGCCCCCCCCGCUCCCGGCCUUCUGAAGGCAUCCCAAUCUCAUCCCAGUGGAAUCCAAAAGGCUACCCGUAUGCCAUUCAAAUUGCCCAGUUCGGUUUGAGUCAUUAUACCAAACUGUUGGAUCUCAAGCAGCAUUUGCUCACACCCGCCGUCGUCGCCGCGGCCAAUCACAUGGAUUCGUCUGUCCUCGAUCUGGAUUUGACAAAAGCUGUCACACAGGAAUCCCUUGUGCGCGUGGAAGAACAGUCACAUACUUGGAAACAGGAAGCCGAUGGAUCAAUUCGAUUUUUCGGUAUGUUCCUUCAAUUUCUUCUUGCUUACCACAGAUCAAGAUGA